AUGAAGUUGCUUCUGUUUUGCGUGCUCCUCGGAGCAGUGGCUGCCUUUGAUGAUAAUGAUGAUAAGAUUGUUGGAGGAAAUACUUGCGCCAAAAACUCCGCGCCCUGGCAAGCAUCUCUCAACGCUGGCUACCAUUUCUGCGGAGGUUCCCUUAUUAAUACCCUAUGGGUCGUCUCUGCUGCACACUGCUUCAAAGCCAACAUUCAGGUGAGACUGGGAGAACACAACAUCUUUGUCUCUGAGGGCACCGAGCAGUUCAUCAACUCGGCCAAGGUCGUCAGACACAAACAAUACAACUCCAGAACUCUGGAUAAUGACAUCAUGCUGAUUAAACUCUCAUCUCCCGCCACACUUACAAGCGCCGUGAAGCCAAUUGCCCUCCCCUCUGGAUGUGCCAGGGCCGGCGCCAGCUGUUCAAUAUCCGGAUGGGGAAACACUCUGAGCAGCGGAAGCAAUUAUCCCGAUCUUUUGCAGUGCCUAAAGGCUCCCAUUCUGAGUGAUGCUAACUGCAGUGGUUCCUAUCCCGGAAUGAUCACUGCCAACAUGAUCUGCGUUGGUUAUCUACAGGGAGGAAAGGACUCCUGCCAGGGCGAUUCUGGUGGACCCGUAGAAUGUGGAGGAGAACUGCAGGGUAUUGUCUCCUGGGGAUAUGGCUGUGCCCUUCCAGACAGACCCGGUGUCUACACUAAAGUCUGCAACUACAAUGGCUGGAUUGGAGACACUAUUGCAGCCAACUAA